GAGGCAGGCAACAAGGUCGGCUGUGCUGCGGCGCGAGGGGAGUUAAGCGUAGUUUUCGUUCUCUGGGUGUUUUUUUGGGGGGGUUAGGGGGAUUAAACGAGUUCUUAAUAUUUGCUUUGCUAUGCUUUUAGUUGUAUCUUAAGAAAGUGAUCUUUGUUAAUCUGACAUUUUUAGCUUGGUAAAGGGAACGGAGCUAUAUAAUUUACAAACCCAAUUCAAAAACGGAGUAACAAGUAAAAAUAAAUACCGAGAAGGAGGCCGUAAGACGAAAUUUGAAUUGGACCAUUUAAAAGCGCCCGUGAAGUCCAUGGCUCCUCCUCGGCGCCGUACGGAAAGAAAUCUUAUUAGUUGGCUGAAAAGACAAAAAUAACCAAAUCUGUUAGGUUCUGCUGGUGAACAGCAAUUUUGAACCCGCUUAGAAAAAUAGGUGCGCCGCAUACUGGUUUAUCUUAUUUUAUUAUUUUGUUUGAGACAUUUUGACUUAGCAUUGGAUUUGGUUCGAUGGCUCCCCAGAAACACGGGGCGGGGGGCGGAGGCGGCUCUUCGGCUCCUAGCGUCGGUUCCGGUACUGGUGGGCCCGGUAGUAAAGCUAACGGCGGGCUCUAUUCAUCCUCUUCCUCCUCCUCUUCGGCUGCUUCGAUGAUGGCCGCAGUCAAGAAGCCGAAGAUGGAGCAGCUUCAGGCCGACCACGAGCUCUUCCUGCAGGCCUUCGAGAAGCCAACACAAAUAUACAGAUUUCUUCGAACUAGAAAUAUCAUAACGCCUAUAUUUUUGCACAGAACACUUACUUACAUGUCCCAUCGAAAUUCCAGAACAAAUGCGAAAAGAAAAUUGUUUAAAGUGGAUGAUAUUCUGUGUAAAGUAGAGAAAAUGAAAGGAGAACAAGAAUCUCACAGCUUGGCUUCCCAUCUUCAACUGACGUUUACAGGUUUCUUCCAUAAAAAUGAAAAGCCAUCCCACAACUCUGAAAAUGAACAGAACUCUGUUUCCUUAGAGGUGCUACUAGUAAAAGUUUGUCACAAAAAGCGAAAGGAUGUAAGUUGCCCUGUCAAGCAAGUGCCUACAGGUAAAAAGCAGGUGCCUUUAAACCCUGACAGCAACCAGACUAAGCCAGGCACUUUCCCCUCUCUUGCGGUAUCUAGCAAUGAAUUUGAGCCUAGCAAUAGCCACAUGGUUAAAUCCUACUCCUUGUUGUUUCGAGUAACACGGCCAGGGAGGCGGGAAGUUAAUGGACUGUCUAAUGGAGAAACCAAUGAAAAUAUUGAUCUAACCGAAGAGCUUCCAUUGAGAAAAAAGAGAAAUUCAUCCCAUUGUGAAGAUGGUGAAAAAACGUUUGUUGCACAAAUGACUGUUUUUGAUAAAAAUCGGAGAUUACAACUGUUAGAUGGAGAAUAUGAAGUAUCAAUGCAGGAAAUGGAAGAGUGUCCUGUCAGUAAAAAGAGGGCAACGUGGGAGACGAUCCUUGAUGGAAAGAGGCUGCCUCCAUUUGAAACAUUUUCUCAGGGCCCAACACUUCAGUUCACCCUUCGGUGGACUGGAGAUGUCAAUGAUAAAUCUACAGCACCUGUUGCUAAGCCUCUUGCAACACGAAAUGCAGACACCACCACUCAUGAAAACAAGUUGAACUCUCAGAAGACCACACAGACAAUAGCUUUGAAAGAUUCAGUUACUGCAGAUGUGCAGACUAGACGAGAGCAAAUUCAAUGUGAGCCAAGGCAGAAGUUGAGAAUAUUUUAUCAGUUUUUAUACAACAAUAAUACACGGCAGCAGACUGAGGCUCGUGAUGACCUGCACUGUCCAUGGUGUACACUGAAUUGCCGUAAACUGUACAGCCUACUCAAGCACCUCAAACUUUGCCACAGUAGAUUUAUCUUCAAUUAUGUGCCUCACCCAAAAGGUGCUAGGAUAGACGUUUCCAUCAACGAAUGCUAUGAUGGAUCAUAUGUGGGAAACCCCCAAGAUAUUCAUAGUCAGCCAGGCUUUGCUUUUAGCCGUAAUGGGCCUGUAAAGAGGACACCAGUGACGCAUAUUCUUGUUUGCAGGUUUUACUACAUCAUGCCAGAAGAAAAAAAAUCCAACUUGUCUGCCUUUGCUUCCAGACCAAAACGCACAAAGCCCAGCCUUUCUGAGUUCCUGGAGUCUGAAGAUGGAGAAGUGGAGCAGCAGCGCACAUACAUCAGUGGUCACAACCGACUUUAUUUUCAUAGUGACACCUGUUUACCCCUCCGUCCACAGGAAAUGGAGGUGGACAGUGAAGAUGAGAAGGAUCCAGAAUGGCUAAGGGAAAAAACUAUUACACAAAUAGAAGAGUUCACCGAUGUGAACGAAGGAGAGAAAGAAGUAAUGAAGCUCUGGAACCUUCAUGUGAUGAAGUAUGGGUUCAUUGCUGACAAUCAGAUGAAUCAAGCGUGCAUGCUUUUUGUAGAGAAAUGUGGACAGCAGAUAAUUGAAAAGAAUCUGUGUCGAAAUUUCCUCCUUCAUCUGGUUAGCAUGCAUGACUUCAAUCUGGUCAGCAUUCACACCAUUGAUAAGGCAAUGGGCAAACUUCAUGAAAUGCAACAAAAGCUGGACAAGGAUGAGCCAGCAAUUAAAGUUAACAUUGCUUUAACUGAAGAAGCCAUUAUUGAGAAAUUAGGUGACACCAGUACCAGUGAGAGACUUUCUGAAACUGACAAUGGCAUCUCUGGAGUUACAAAGCAAAACAGAAGGCAGAAACUCUAAAGGACGCAUAGCUGUGGGCCGUGGAUCUAUGGCCUGGACUUGGGUGGUACAAUUUUAAUGGUGAUCUAAACAGCCAGCAGCGAGCAUUAUCUGCUAAAUAAUUCUGCAGGUGACAAGCUGUUCCUGAGGCUGCUGAACAUUUUCAUUUGAAUUCUCUCCAUUUCUGACUUGGUGCUGCUGCACAUGUAUUAAGAUACACACUAAACCAUUAGGACUGCAGCUGGAUUUGCUUUUUAUUUAUUCUUGGAGAAAAUGACAAAAUCUGUAUUGCUAAAGACCUGCAGUGCCCCACCGACAGCUGACUGCAGCAAUUCUGCCAUCUGGUUUAACAAGUAUUAGCACUUCUGUCGGCUUGUCCCUGCUUCUCGUUUGGAAGGACCAGAAAUUUUUUUUUUUUUUUUUAAUUAUUUUUUAAAUGAACACACAGUCUAACUACCACCCUACCCUGACUCCCCUUUUUUCCCCCCAGUCUGGCUGGUGCAUCACUUAGCUGAUGCAUUUUUACAUAUAAAUAUAUAAAUAUAUAUAUAAAUAUAUUCUUUUAUUUUCAACUUGAACUGGCAGCUUUCUCUGUGGUGACUUGUUCUUAAUAUGGAUUUGAGCAGUGAUUCAGAUGGGGUGUUCUCUGGUCAAGUUAACGUCUGAUGCUCUGCGUCUGCAAAAUCGGGCCACGCUGGGGAAGGUGGCCAAUCUUUUUAUGCAAACUCUUGUCGUCCACUCCCUGGGAGCUCCACACAGACACUAAUGAAAAGCAACCAUCUGGCAAAACUCAGCCACCAACAAGAACCUGUUGUUACUACUGCCAUUGUUUACAUUUUAAUUAUUUCUUAUUUUAUUUUUUGCUACUGGUGCUCCAUUGCCACCAUCGCCUCAUUUUCAUGUCUAAAUGCAUUACCUCUCUUGAAAGGUUACACACGUGUCUUGUGUUCUUCUUCUCGGUUUCCUGUGCUGUCAUUAGUUGGCUGAGUUUUGGAAAAGGAGAAAGGUGGCAUGCAGGUGCAGCAUUGGAAAUUCAUUGAGGGCGAUACCACCAACGCCCUGGCAGGGUACAUCGUUUUCGGAGGAACAGUAGCAAAAGCUUUUCUGAACUUUUGCUUUAAUUUGCUAAAGCUGUGCACAUAUGGUUUUUU